UACAAUCCAUGGCUUCUGCUUGCCUUGCCAAGUUCCUUGCUUGCUGUUGCUGCUUGUUUGUCUUGGUUCAUGCCAUGGAUGAUGGAGCAGCAGCAGCAGCUGGAAUGCAGAGUGGUGAGCUCUUGGCCUUGUUUGAGGUGAUGGGUGCCCUGCUGCAAGACCCCGGUUGGGCUCAGCUCCACCCCCGCCCCUGCACUGACACGCCAUGGCCUGGAGUUCAGUGUGAGAUGGUGCUCGAGCCCCCAGUACUGCAGCAGCAGGAUCCACAUCUCCAUGUCACCGAGCUCCACAUUGGGCCAGACGUCGCCUCCCCACCCUGCAAGCACUCAGCCAGCCUCUCCCCUGCCCUGCUCCAGCUGCCUUAUCUCAAGAGUCUCUCCUUGUUCGGCUGCUUCCUCGCCGAGGACACGGUGCCCCUCCCUCCUUCCCUCUUCACCAAUGCCUCAGCCUUGGAGCAGCUGGUGAUCAAAUCCAACCCUGGCCUCUCCGGGACCAUCCCUCCCUCCCUUGGCGCACUCCACGGCCUCAGGGUCCUCUGCCUCUCACAGAAUAGCCUCCAUGGAGCCAUCCCGAAGGAGCUCGGCUCGCUCGCAAGAUUAGAGCAACUCGAUCUCAGCUACAACAAUCUCAGCGGCUCCAUCCCUGUGGAGCUCGGAGGAGGCCUUUCGAGCUUGACCAUUUUCGACCUGAGUUGGAAUGGGCUGCAAGGGGAGAUCCCUCCGUCAAUUGGCGACCUCUGGCGGCUCCAGAAGCUUGACCUGAGCUACAAUAAGAUCUCAGGGAGGAUUCCGGCGGUGGUUGGUAGGUUGGAGAGGCUGGUCUUGUUGGACCUGAGUCACAACUCCUUGGCAGGCCCCGUGCCAGAUGAACUGUCAGGUUUGAGCCGAGUCCAGUACUUCCUCGUGGAGAGCAACCCGAUCGGCACGACCAUCCCUUCGUUUCUGAAGACAAUCAAGAGCUUGGUGGUGCUUGGCCUCUCAGACUGUGGGCUUUCAGGCCAUGUGCCAACAUUCCUUGGUGUUCUCAGCAACCUCACGAGCCUGUCCUUGGACAGGAACAAGCUCGAUGGCACAAUUCCUUCGACGACAUUAGAGGCGAUUCCUAAUCUCGAUCAACUCAACCUCAGUCAGAACCUGCUCAGCGGGGUGCUCUCUUUCUCUGAGGAGUUUGUGAGCAGGCUAGGGAGGAGACUGGACGUGAGGGACAACCAGGGGCUGUGCAUGAACCCAGCCAGCCACCAGAUCAAUACUCUCCUCCCCUUCUACCUACAAGCUCCGCCAUGUCCGACCACUGCCAGCUCCAGCAGCAAUGGUACUCCAGAGACAGGUGAGAUGAUGAAGUCCAAUUCCGAUGGCAUGAGAUUGAACUAUGGGCCACUAAUUGGCAGCUGCUUGGUUGUGCUGGUGGCGGUAGUCCACUUCUUAAACUUCUUCUUCUUCUCUUCUCUGCUGGAAAUCGUACUUUGUCUUUCUUUUUCUGGAAUUAUGCGCUGA